AAAUGUGCGCAAUUUACUGAACUUCGUUCAAUUCAUAAUUUUUUUCUUUUGCCUAUAAUAAUUCUGAGUAACGUAGUUAUUUAUUUAUAUAACUAAAAUUAAAAUUAUAAUCCACAGCUCAAUUAAUAUGGAUGAAACCCCUAAAGAUUUAUGGAAGAGUACUGAUUUAAGUAAAUAUCGGUUCCAUGUUACAUUUCCUACUAUUGAUUCAACUAUUGAAUCAGAAAAAGUAAAUGAAAGAGUAGUUUAUAUAGGAGAUUUAGAAAAAAGAAAACAAGCGUAUGGAAUAUGUGGAGAAUGUAGAGAACCUGGCACAGGAGAAAGAUGGUGUCAAUCUUGUAAUGCUAAAAGAUUUAAAGAUAACUUUAAAAAUUGGACUAGUGGAAAUAAAGUUAUUGAUGAAUUUAUACAGCAAUCACAACUUAAUGCUGUACAUUAUUUGAAAUAUCUUGAAUGGAUACCUUUUGAGAAAUUUCAAAAUAUCUCUUAUAUUGCGGAAGGUGGUUUUGGUAAGAUUUAUUCGGCUGAAUGGCCUGAAGGAUAUAUUUAUUGUUGGGAUAUUGAAAAUCAAAAAUGGAAUAGAAAUUCAUAUAGUAAAUAUGCAUUGAAAAGUUUGAAUAAUUCUUCUGAUAUAUGUUCAGAUUUUUUAAAUGAGAUUUAUCUUGUUGAUUUUGUUCAAUGUUUUGGAAUUACUCAAGAUCCAAAUAAUAAAGAAGGACUUUUAGAUAUUCAUAAUGCUGAAAAAGUUCACAAAGAUUUUCAUUCAGGUAAUAUAUUAUUUUAUGGUGAUGUUCCAUUUAUAAGUGAUUUUGGAAUGUGCCAACCAGCAAAUAUAAAACAAACAGAUAAAGAAGAAGGAAUUUAUGGAGUAUUACCAUAUAUGGCACCAGAAGUUUUACGUGGACAACAAUAUACAAAAGCAGCAGAUAUUUACUCAUUCGGAAUAAUAAUGAAUGAAUUUCUUUCUGAAGAAAUUCCUUUUAAUGAUAUUCCUCAUGAUGAAUUUUUAUCUAUUAAAAUAUGUAAAGGACUUAGACCAACAAUUUCUAAUGACAUACCAAAGUUACUUGCAGAUUUGAUAAUAAAAUGUUGGGAUGCUGAAAUAAAAAAUAGACCAACCACUAAAGAGUUGUAUCAAACACUAAAUGAAUGGAAUGAUGAAAUUAAAGAUAGUGAAGAUAGUGAAUAUAAUAGUAAAAAUGGUAGCAAUAGUCAAAAUAGUGAAAUAUAUUUUCAAAUAAAAGAAUGUGAUAAAAUUAGAAAAGAAAAAUUCAAAAACAGGUCAAAUGAAGAUAAAUCCAAAAGCUUCAAAACGCAUCCACAAGCAAUUUAUACUAGUAGACUUUUAAAUUUCAAAAAUCUUCCAAAACCAGUAAAUUCUUCAGAUUUAUCAUCUUUUCAAUUCAGUUCAGACACUAGUUAUACUACUCAAUCAACAUCAGCAAAUCCAAUUUCAGAAUGCUUAGAUGUUCAAUUAAGUGAAUCAGAAUUAAAUGAAAUUUGUCAAGAUAUUGAACAUAGUAAUAUUGAAUGAAAUUUCUUUUUAUGUGAAAGUUAAAGUCAAAUAGUUUAAAUUUGAAGUUAGUUUACUUCUAUUUUUCUUUCAUUUAUACUUUAUAAAUUUUUA